AUGGCAACCAAUUGCCCCUUUCCUUGCCACGCCGAGGGUGGCAUCACGGGCGUGCGGGCCGAGCCGAUAGGGGAAGGAGCUGGGAUGGACGGACAGGCCCUUGCGUCGGCCGUAGACUCGUCGCCUGAACGGCCGGAACGCGACCUGCGAACUGACGACGUCACGCACGUGCCCAACAACUGCGGCGGCAACGAAGCGCCCUUGGAGGCCGUUCUCCUCGAAGUUCCGAGUCUCCUGGACCACGUCGUGGCGCGCGGAGGCCUCGCCGCUCUCGCCAGCCUCGCUGCCUGCAACACCGCGACGCUGCGCCACACCCUGCGCCACAGAUACGACGCUGGGUGUGCGCUGUGCGUCCGAGCGGCGCCCGGGUCGGCGCUCCUCCGCGCGGUGUCGCGCGCCACGGCCGGGCACGGCCCUGUGUGCGCGUCGGUGAGCUGCCUGGGCGUCGUGGUCGGCGCGCACGCCGCCGCGGCGCUCCCGGCCACCGACGACGCCACCGUCGUGCCGUCGCACGCGUCCGCGGUCCGGCGCGCGUGGCGCGUCCUCCACGCCGUGCUCUUCAGCGCCGGCACCGACCGCGUCCCGCCGCCGAACGAAACCGUCUCGGCGCUCCGCCUCGCGUACCCGCCCUUUUGGUGCCUGUCGCCGCACGCCACGUCGCCGGCCGAGGUCCGGGCGCUGUCGCUGGUGAUCCGCGGGCUCCGCCUGCUGCCCGCCCUCCGCGAGCUGCGCCUCGGCGCGGUCCCGGGCGCGUUUUGGGGCGCGUCGGGCUCGGAACGCGCCCCGAGCUCGACGCUGUUUUUGGACCUGGUCGAGAACUUGAAUGCCUUCGCGGGGAGCCUCGAGGUGCUGGACCUGCACGGGUGCCGGCUCGGGCGCCGCAUCCCGCUCUCGUCGCCCGUCUGGUCCCGCGUCCUGCCCAGUCUGACGGCGCUGCGCGAAUUAGUCCUCCGGGGGAAUGACCUCGGACCCUACGGAUACCGCGAGGUCGCGCGGUCGCUCCCGCAGCUCACGCGUCUGACCGUACUCGACCUGCGCGACACCGACUGCCCCGCGGACCCCUCCGAGGGCGUCCUCGACCUGCUGCACGCGCUGCCGCGGUCGCUGCAGGAGCUGCGGCUCGGCGACAACGAAAGCUUCGGCGUCCCGUUCGCGGCCAACGCGCUCCUCGACGCCUCCGCCAGGGCCGUCGACGCGCUCGCGGGGCGCAUCGCGCGGGGCGAGUUCCCCGAGCUCGCGGUGCUCGACCUGGGCUGCACGGGCGUCGGGGAGUACGUCGCCGCCGUCGCCGCCGCGCUGCCCGGCACACCUAAGCUGCGCGAACUCUCGCUCGAGGGCCUCGACGCGGAGCCCGACGCGUGCGACGCCGUCAGCGCGGCCCUGCGGCACGUGCCGCUCCUGGAGGUGCUGCACGUGGGCGGGAACGAGCUCGGGCCGCCCUGCGUCGAGGCCCUUGCACGCAAGCUGCCGCGCACCCUGCGCCGCCUCUACCUGCACUCCAUCGACGGCGGGAUGGCGGCGCGCGGGACGCUCGAGCUCGCGGCCGCCGUGCCGUCCCUGCGGCGCCUGGAGGCGCUGAUGCUGUCGUCGGCGGGGCUGACGGCCUCCGCAGGGCUCUUCCAGGCGCUUGCCGGCCUGCCCGAGCUCCAGGAGCUGGACCUGCAGGACAACGCGGACGCGUUCGCGGGCGGCGACCCGGGCGGGUGCCCCGGCGCUGCGUUCGCGGCGAUGCUCGCGCGCUCGCCGCGGUUGCGGUACCUGCGUCUGGGGCGGUGUCGUCUGGCGGGGGCGGGGGUGUUUCAGCACGUGGCGGAGGGGCUCUGCGGGUGCGCGGGCGCGCUGCAGACGCUCUCGCUGGACUCUAACGGGCUCGGCGCGAGGGAGGGGCGGUGGCUCGCGGAGGUGGUGAGCCGCGGCAUGCCCGCGUUGCAGCACCUGGACUUGUACGGGAACGCGCUCGCAGAGGACGAGGGGGACGGGCUGCUGUGGCUGCUGCGCGGGGUGUGCUGGGGCGCGCCGGAACUGCGGAACCUGGGGCUGGACGGGAACGGCAUCGGGCCCUCCCUCGGCCAGUGCGCCGACGCCGUGCGGGCUGCGCUCGAGGAGCUGCGGGCUGCGCGGCCGGCGCUGCAUGUGCAGGUCGGCUGA